AGACAGCCUCCAUGCAGCGAAAACUCUAUAUAAAUGGUGAUAAUCGGGUUUAAGAGAUACAAACAAGCUAAGACUCUUUCAGAAAUCGAUUCAAAAACCAAAAGCCAACUCCUAUAGCCACCAUCUCUGAUCCUCACCACCCAUCUCUAGCUAAUGAAAAUGAACAAUCUUCUUGGUUUCUUCAUCUUCUCCUUCUUAGCCCUUCUCUCUCAUGCCAUUGAACUAGACUUUUGUGUUGGAGACCUUAGUCUGCCUAGGGGACCACAAGGCUAUGCUUGCAAGAAUCCCGCUACAAUCACAACAGAUGAUUUUGUUUACACUGGUUUUCGUGGUGAAAAAGCUACCACAAAUAUUUUUAGAAACAAUGUGACUCUAGCAUCCGCUAAUGCAUACCCUGCAUUAAAUGGCUUGGGAAUCUCUAUGGGAAGGUUAGAAUUUGGCAUAGGAGGAGUUAUCCCACUACACUCCCACCGCACAUCUGAAGUUAUUAUCGUGAUACGUGGUAUAAUCAUUGCAGGUUUUAUUGACACAAACAAUAGAGCAUAUUAUAAAAGGUUAGAGGUUGGUGACGUCAUGAUCUUUCCACAAGCCAUGCUUCACUUCCAAGUUAAUGUUGGUAGAACUUCAGCUACUGCAUUUGUUAGUCUGAAUGGAGCCAACCCAGGAUUUCAACUCACUACUCCCUCCUUGUUUGCUGGCAACUUACCUGCUCAGAUAGCCGAACAAAUCACACUCUUAAGCCAUGAUGAAGUAAUGAGAUUGAAGAGAGCUUUUGGCACAGCUUAAUAUAAAUGUGCUAUAUAAAUUCUUUAAUUAAAUCAUUUCACAUGGCAUCAAUAUUAUUUUAAUUAUGUUAAGUUAAGCAUGAUGUAUUCAUAAUAUAUUUGAGAUAUUUUAAUAAACUGUAUAUCUUUGAAUUA